AUGUGGUUUUCAGUUGAAUCGCUGAGUUCAGCUCUAACCUUGGAAUUAGCCAUCGAGGCGGCAACUUACAAAACACCCCUCAAGUCCGGGAAGGAAAACUUCGGCUUGAAUUUCCGGAUCUCCAACCUGCCCUUCUCGCCACAGCUGCAGGACCCCAGGUCACACGUGUACCAAGUGAACAAGGAGAAGAUCGAGAAAGAGCUCGAUGUGUUCAGGACCAGCCACCUGAAGGAGCACUUCGCCGGCUGUACCGUGGAGAGUUUUGGGCCUGUCCAUGGGAAAGGAUACACAGAUGUCUUCUCCAUCUGCAAGUUCACCCUGGAUCCCCUGUCAGGGACUUUACAAAAGCAAGAGGUGUUUGAGGAGCUGAAACAACUGACCCAGGGGUUCACCAAGCUGGGCCCCAGCUACGAGCUGGAGGAGCAGAGCCUGGUUGUUGAAGGUUAUUCUCCACUCAAGACAGAUGAACCGGAGCCCGAAAGAUCUGAGCUUCAGUUCUGGGCCAUCAUCCUCAUCUGCAUUUUCACCCUGCUUGGCUUCAUCCUCCUCCUCUUCUUAUGCUUCCUGGUCAUCUCUUGCCUGAGGAGAAAGUCCCACCUGUACCAGGUCCAGCAAGGCUUGUACGGGUUGUACUUCCCACACCUGAGCACAGGAAAAGUGCAUUGACAGAUGAAGUCGGGUCCUCACAGACCUGUUUGUCCACUGAUGAAGGAAAGAUAUUUAUAA